AUGCUGCGUGCUAUCGCGACACUUCGACCUGCAUUGACGCGCCGCGUCCACGGCUCGGCGUCGCUGCUACAAGCAUCCAACCCCCUCGACAACAACCCCAGCUCUUCUCAAGACAAUGGCGGAGGUCUGGUUCGACUUGCGAAGCUGAUGGCUCAGAAGGGGCUUUGCUCUCGCCGUGAAGCGGAAGCCUACAUCCAGGCUGGAGAUGUCCUGGUCAACGGCGAACGGGUGCAGGCAGACUGGCUCAAGGUACCUGCUGACAGUGACGUCCGCCUGGACUUCCGAGCCCAGCGUCAUCAGGACAAGAAGGUCACGCUGGUGCUUAACAAACCGUUGGGCUACGUGUCCUCCCAGCCGGAGCCCAACAAGACGCCGGCAGUGCGGCUGCUCAGCUUUGAGAACGAGUGCCGCGAGCUGAGCCGCGUCAAGCCGCGACAGAACGUGGAGCCUGUGAGUCUGUGGAAGAUGGCGGUGUGUGGCCGUCUGGACGUGAACUCAACAGGUCUACUGCUCUUCACGCAAGACGGGAAGGUGGCCAAGAAGUUGCUGGACCCCAAGAGCGGCAUCGAGAAGGAGUACCUUGUCCGCGUUGACCUCAAUCUGGACCCGAUGACGGAUGCUAUCCAAAAGAAGAUCGAGGUGCUGCGUGCCGGUGUGACGUCUGACGAAGGAAUUACGUAUCGCGCCAAGUCUGUGGAGGUGCUGAACGCCAACCAACUGCGCGUGAUUCUAACGGAAGGCAAGAACCGACACAUUCGUCGCAUGUGUGAACACGUCGGACUGCGGGUCAUGGCUCUCAAGCGCGUACGAAUUGGAGGGCUUAAGCUCGGGUCACUGCCUGUUGGACAGUGGAGAUACUUGCAGCCGAAUGAUAAGCUUUAG